AUGGACCACACUGGGGCCACCAGACGCCACACUGACAGCAGUAGUCAGGAGAUGGACCACACUGGGGCCACCAGACGCCACACUGACAGCAGUAGUCAGGAGAUGGACCACGCUGGGGCCACUGGGGCCACCAGACGCCACACUGACAGCAGUAGUCAGGAGAUGGACCACACUGGGGCCACCAGACGCCACACUGACAGCAGUAGUCAGGAGAUGGACCACACUGGGGCCACCAGACGCCACACUGACAGCAGUAGUCAGGAGAUGGACCACACUGGGGCCACCAGACGCCACACUGACAGCAGUAGUCAGGAGAUGGACCACACUGGGGCCACCAGACGCCACACUGACAGCAGUAGUCAGGAGAUGGACCACACUGGGGCCACCAGACGCCACACUGACAGCAGUAGUCAGGAGAUGGACCACGCUGGGGCCACCAGACGCCACACUGACAGCAGUAGUCAGGAGAUGGACCACACUGGGGCCACCAGACGCCACACUGACAGCAGUAGUCAGGAGAUGGACCACACUGGGGCCACCAGACGCCACACUGACAGCAGUAGUCAGGAGAUGGACCACACUGGGGCCACCAGACGCCACACUGACAGCAGUAGUCAGGAGAUGGACCACACUGGGGCCACCAGACGCCACACUGACAGCAGUAGUCAGGAGAUGGACCACACUGGGGCCACCAGACGCCACACUGACAGCAGUAGUCAGAAGAUGGACCACACUGGGGCCACCAGACGCCACACUGACAGCAGUAGUCAGAAGAUGGACCACACUGGGGCCACCAGACGCCACACUGACAGCAGUAGUCAGGAGAUGGACCACACUGGGGCCACCAGACGCCACACUGACAGCAGUUGUCAGGAGAUGGACCACACUGGGGCCACCAGACGCCACAACGCCACACAGGCCCUGGUGGCGGGAGUCGCUAGUGGUGACCAGGUGCUGGUGUUGGCCGCCCUCGCCCAGGGUGCUGACACCUCCGUCACGGUGGUGGACCGUAUUACCCAAGUGUCACGCUGCAUGUUGAGCGUGGCGGCUGCGAGGGGUCACACUCACCUGGUGCCUCACCUGCUGGCGGCGGGACUCCCUGUGGAGGGUUCAGGGGAGUUCUUCUACACACCUUUACAGAGGGCGGCUGUCAGGGGUCAUGACCAGGUGGUGAGGCAGCUGCUCAGCGCCCAGGCUGACCUGCAGGCCAGGGGUCGUAAUGGUGUGACCGCACUACAUGCGGCAGCGCUGCAUGGUCAUGAGUCGUGUGUGGUGACGCUACUUGGUGCCGGCGCUGACCCUGACUCUCGGGACGACGAUGGUCGGUCACCACUGCACUAUGCUGCCGUAGGUAACCACACAGGUGUUGUGCAGGUGCUGCUGACAGCUGCCGGGUGUGACCGUCACGCUGUAGACAAGCGCGGGGAGACAGCACUACACCUGGCAGCGUGGGGCGGAGGUCUGGAGGCAACUCAGUGCUUGGUGGCGGCCGGCCUCGACCCUCGCGCCAGGAACAUGGAGAGAUACACACCUCUGGACGUGGCGAGGCUGAUGGGGCGUGGCCGGGCAUAUUCUUCCACAAAACAGUCGAAGCUGGACUUUGCCAUAUAG